GACCAGCAUAUUGGAUUGGAAGUUACCAUGAGAUUAACCAGAACUCACUGGAACUGUGAUUGAACUGGCAGUGGGCCCAAGUCCUCUUUAAGGAGUGGAAGAAAAGUCAAUGAAUUAUGAAUGUUCAACAAGAUGACCUCCUCUCAGCAGCAGCAGAUGAUGCGAGGUCCUAGGUGGAACCGGGCCUUUUCCGACCCCCUAUUUGUAUUGCUCCUUGCCUUGCAGCUGCUGGUGGUGGCAGGACUGGUGCGUGCUCAAACGUGUCCGUCUGUUUGCUCCUGUAGCAACCAGUUCAGUAAAGUCAUCUGCACCCGCAGAGGCUUGCGCGAAGUACCCGAUGGCAUCUCUACCAACACACGCUACCUGAAUCUGCAAGAAAAUCUCAUUCAGGUUAUAAAAGUGGACAGCUUCAAACAUCUAAGACAUUUGGAGAUUUUGCAACUGAGCAAAAAUCACAUACGCAAAAUUGAGCUAGGGGCCUUUAAUGGACUGGCCAGUCUCAAUACCUUGGAGCUUUUUGAUAAUCGACUUACCACCAUCCCAAAUGGUGCAUUUGAAUACCUUUCCAAACUAAAAGAACUUUGGCUUAGGAAUAAUCCUGUAGAGAGCAUUCCAUCUUAUGCUUUCAACAGAGUUCCCUCAUUACGAAGACUGGACCUUGGAGAGCUCAAACGACUUUCUUACAUUUCAGAGGGAGCCUUCGAAGGACUCAGCAAUCUACGCUACUUAAAUUUGGGAAUGUGCAAUCUGAAGGAAAUUCCCAAUCUUACUCCUCUGGUAAAGCUGGAUGAACUUGAGAUGUCUGGAAACCAGUUAACUAUUAUUCGGCCUGGUUCUUUUAAAGGGCUAAUCCACUUGCAAAAAUUAUGGAUGAUGCAUGCUCAGAUCCAGACCAUCGAAAGGAACUCAUUUGAUGAUCUGCAGUCCCUUGUGGAGCUCAAUCUAGCUCACAACAACCUUACCCUUUUGCCCCAUGACCUUUUCACUCCUUUACAUCACCUGGAGAGGGUGCACUUGCACCACAAUCCAUGGAAUUGCAACUGUGACAUCCUCUGGCUUAGCUGGUGGCUAAAGGAGAUGGUACCAGCAAACACCAGCUGCUGUGCCCGCUGCAGCUCACCUUCACACUAUAAAGGACGAUACAUUGGUGAGCUAGACCAGAAUUACUUUCAUUGUUAUGCUCCUGUUAUUGUGGAGCCUCCUGCUGACCUAAAUGUGACAGAGGGAAGUGCUGCAGAGUUGAAAUGCAGAGCCAGCUCUUUGACUUCAGUAAGCUGGAUCACACCUAAUGGUUCCAUCAUGACACAUGGCGCGUACAAGGUCAGAAUCUCUGUGCUAAACGAUGGUACAUUGAACUUCACCAACGUUACCAUGCAGGACACAGGCACAUAUACAUGUAUGGUCAGUAAUUCUGCAGGUAACACAACAGCAUCUGCCACACUCAAUGUGUCUUCAACUGAGAACAGCAGUUUCAGUUACUUUACCACAGUGACAGUAGAGACUAUAGAAACACCACAUAAUGAAGGCUUCACAACAACUGUUCAACAGAAGGUGGGCCCCACACCCUCUGCUGGCACAUGGGAGACUCUUCCACCCACCUCUACUACAACCACGACAUUUCGAACCCCAAUCUCCACCCGUGCCACAGAGAAGACCUUCACGAUCUCUGUCACAGAGGGCCCACUAAAUGGUUUGGAUGAGGUAAUGAAGACAACCAAGAUCAUCAUCGGCUGCUUUGUUGCAAUCACACUUAUGGCAGCUGUCAUGCUGAUAAUCUUCUACAAGAUGCGCAAACAACACCACCAGCAAAACCACCACGCACCGACACGCACUAUCGAGAUUAUCAAUGUGGACGAGGACUGCGUUACAGGAGGCCCAGGAAUGGAGGGUCACCUGACUCUGCCGCCUCUUGAGCAUGAGCACCUCAACCACUAUAACACCUAUAAGACUGCUUACAACCAUGCCUCUACUAUCAAUUCCAUACACAGUUCAGCGCACGAACCUUUGUUAAUCCGGGCAACCUCAAAAGACAAUGUACAAGAGACUCAAAUCUAAUACCUUUUUGAGACAUCAUAAAACUGUUGUCAUUACAUAGUGGCAUUACUGAGAGGACAGUACUGAUGAAAACUCAUGAGGACUGUAGCCCAACAUGGAAGAAAAGACUUGCAAUUUGCAAAUCACUGGCUGGUGAUGUUAACUCAAAAACUUUGGAAACUAGAAUAUGUCUACUGUUUCAAAAAGUGUCUUUACAAAACAGAAGUUAUUUAUUUAAGAAAAAAAAUAUAUUGUGGUUUGAUCAAGAAAAAAAUCUGCAAUUAUUUUUGUCAACCGAUCCACAUUGUAUUUUAUUUUUCUCAUAUCACAAGAUUGGUUUACAAAUACGCUUUUGAGUUUAUAAAGGAGACAUCUGGUAAAGAAAAAAAGCAAAUUGUCUUUUGUUUUUGUAGUUGUUCAUUCAGUAUAACUGCAGAACUUGAAAGUAGCCAACCCCCCAACCCCCACUUCCCACACACACACACACACACCAACACCACCACCACCCCUUAUAACAAAAAAAAUAGAGCACAUUAGGGAUUUUUUCCCAGCUGUGGAUGAAUUGAUUGAAAUCUUCUGUAACCAUCUGGAACAAAGUUGAAUUAAACACUUGACAGUAUGAAAGUGCCAGUGAUGAAAUCUGACCAUAAUUCACUGUUUAAUUAUAAAUGUCACAUACAUUAGGCACUCACUCUGUCAUUAAAAGUCUGGGGAUUUUGGGAAAAAAAAGGAAAUAGGUCCUGCUUUUGGCUGUUGUUGGAAUGGACUCUCCUUACUCCCAUGAUUUUUAAUAAAACAAAUUACAUUGACCUGUAUGUCUUUCUAUCACUAAUGCAUAUGCUAAAUAUAAUUUUAUUUCAAAUUGCAAAACUGCCUUGACUAUAAUCCAUGAUUUAUCUGAGGAAUCCUUUUAUUGUUUUAACAAACUUGCUUUCAUCUUCAUUACAAAAUAUUGAAGUUCUAAAAGUCAAAAAGGCAGUAAUAAAUACUUAAUCAUUACAAUUGAACUUAGCAGGAUUCAUGUCUGUGUUGAUGAAUAUUAUUUUACAUUUUGGCAAAAGUUCAGCUCCAUGAAUUUGCUCCAAAUUAUUCUGAACCCACACUUACAUUUACUGUACCUUGUGGUGCUGAGUAAUGUUACUUAUUAAGAUGCUUAGGCACCAACUUUUUUUCAUGCUCAGACCUGUUACCUCUUCCGCAGUACUGCAGUAGUGCUGUCAGAAUCAGACUGAUGAACUGAAAGAAAGAAACAAACAAACAAAAAAAAAAAGCUUGAACCCUUUAUGCAGUUGUCUGAGCACAUUGCUUGUCAUAUGUGUGUCACAUUUGCACAUGGGGAUGUUUGGCAACCCAAGAUGCACACCCUGCCCAUGCAGCCAUCAGACUUGGCCCUAAGUGGCAAGGCUUAUGCUACAAGAGGCUUUACACUGUGCGAGAUCAAACAUCAACCACAUGUUUGAGUUGCACCUGUCUCUCCCUCUCUUUUAGUGACAACACAAUUUACAUUUUAAUUGAUAUGCCCAUGGGCUUUGGAAGGACUAAGCUCUGCAGGCACCCAUAUCCAAGAAACCAUUUCAGAGUCCCCACUGUGAAAAAUGGUGCCAAGCCUCGUAAAUGCAGUGGUAAGGCAGACAUUUGGCAGAUGGUCCAAGUUUUACUUUUAGCAAGUAAGUAGUGUUUCUGCUCAACAGUAACAUUUCUAUUACGGUCAUGCUACUGCCAUGUUUCUUUAAAAUGGCACUGAUGUAGCAUAGCAGCUGCAGAUUUACAGCAUAUUCCACUAACAUGAAAUCUAUUUCUUACCUUCAAACACAUUUAACAUUGAUGGUUUCUGAUAUUUCUCUAUAGGCAUUGAAAAUGGCUGACAAACAAAUUAAAUCUUUCUUCUAUCUUUUGUGCUUUUUAACAACGUUAUCCAUGACUUUAUUUCAGCAAAACAUCUAAUUGUUAUUACUGUUUGAUAAGAUUAAAUUCAGAAUAUGUGCAUGUCUCGUCUCAGUCAUCUUUUACAGAAAAUGCUAAAGCAUUUAGUUUAUUUUUGUUUUGAUACUGUUGAGGUUACAAGCUGUAAUAUCUGAAGGUCUAUGCAAAAAGCCCUAUUAUCUAAUUUACAGUGUGUCAAAACUGUACAAUUUCUUUUCAAAUACAAAAUGAAAACUGCAAAAUUUACAGUUUGUAAAACCCAUUCUCACUAAUUGUAGUACAAAAACACAUCAAAACCAUGUCCAAUUGAACACAUGAUUUGUUACAAAGUACAUUCAACACUAAUGUAAGAGACAAAUGAUUUGAUGUUCAAGAUAAACAGGUAGAAUCAUAAUUUGAUAUUGAGAUAAAGGAGCAGAAUAUUCCAGAAGCUACUCUGACUAAAAAUUCCAUAAAACAGAACAGGGUAAAUUAAUUAAAAAUGCAAGCUGUUUAGACUUUGCAAUGAUUAGUGUACAUUUUGUGGCAAAACAAACAUUUAUUUAAAUAAGUUCCGUAACAAUCACUGGCUAUGACAUAUUGUGUAAAAUAAAUAAAACAGUCACCCAUUCUCCUUUUCAAACAGGACAACAAUAAACACAUCUAAUUCACAUUUUCUGCCAUAUGCAAAAAUCUGAAAGUUUGAACAGAAUUUAUAAAUGGGAGAUCUAAAACCAUUUCUGACAAAAAGCAGGUUGCUAUUUUAUGUUCAUUUUGGAGACCUUCAAUCUGGUGUGUUAAAUCCAUAAAGUUUUGUGAAUCAGAGAAACAGAGCACUUGAGUCAUUUAUUUUGAAUGUGCAGCACACAACACUUGAGAAUUACUGCUUUAAAAAGGCCCAGCAUGAUCCCAGACUGACUAAAAUAAUGGAUAAAAAAGGGAUUACCUCAAAUCAUUAAUAUUUCUUGUUCCACCACCAAAACCUCAUCUCUGUUACUUUUGUGGGGUCUGGCACAUUUGUAAACCAUAGGUUGGCCUGUGUGUGAGUCAUCUCUUUCUAGAUUUAAAUUCCUAUUGGUGCAACACGGAUCAAGGUUUUACUAAGUUUUACAUUUAAGACUGUAACAAUUUUCUUUUUUUAAACUUAGUAACUUAGAAAAAUAAAAAUAUUUUUUUUCAUUGUUAAAUUUGUUGAAUUUUAAUUGAACUGUCUCAUGUGUGUAAGAUAUUUAAAUAUUUUCUAGUCAGUAUUCCUUUUUUUACCUUUUUUGUCUGAGAGGGAAUGCUGUUCUAGUGGUAGUUUACUAUAAAAUACAUUUUGAAAAUAAAAUGAAUAACAAAAUCCUUUAAAAAAAACUUUGAUUUUUCCAUGUGCCAACAAUCUGUUCAAAAAGUGGAAAUAGAGAAACAUGCUGUAACAGAAUAGGCAAUUGAUUUUCAUGUAAACAUUCUUUCAUGACCUUUAAAAAAAUAUGAAGAUUGAUUAUAGAGACCAGAAUUUGUAGUUCAUACACAACAUAUGGUAAAUAAACUAUUGUUGUUUUUUG